UUUUGAAUUUAUUUAUGAUUGAAUAAAAAGUAGUUAUAGUAGAGAUAUCUUUAUUGCCAUGGCAACGAUGGGUGUCAACAGAGCCUAGGAGGCAUUAAAUAUGUCGAACAAUCAGCUAUCACCACUCAAGACGAUGAAUUCGGACAGCAAGUUAUUCAAAACGGGCAUCUAUCGCACUGGCGAUGAUAUCAGUAAUUUUCAAUUCAGGAUAUUGAUUCAUAAAAUACAUUCACUUAUUGAUAUGCCUAACAUGGGAGGACAAAUUCAAGCAUUUGUGGAUGAUGCUGUGGAUCGAUCAAUGGAAAUUAAAACUGUUAAAUGGCAGGAAAAAAUGUUCAGCCGCUUCGAAGUAGAUUAUUACAUUCUUAAAGAGAACUGCAAAACAGAACGACAAAAAAAGUAUUAUCAUCGUUUGAAAAAAGGAUCGCUAGGAACUUCUAUCCUGUUUACGUACGUCGAUGGUGAUGAUUAUUAUCCAGAAGAUCUUAUUGCGUGCAGGCAAAGCCAUUUGAUAUCACAGCUUGCUGAGUGUAAGGUUCAGUCGAUGUACCUGAUGGCAGAUUUGGGAAAGGAGGUGUUAUUAUUCACCAUUCACUGGUUCAUUGAUCACGGCCUGCUGCACGUAUAUCCGGAUUUCAAUCAUUUGAAUAUAAAUCCUUACUAUCAGGAAAUUCGAGAUCCUAGUUUACAAAUGUACCAUUAUGCACUAGAGAAGCUGUUUGAGCCGGCCUUUCCAAUACCCACUAAAAAAUUUCCUCCUCUGGUGUAUGGACGAGAAACGCGUUUCAAUAUACCCAAAAUGCCGAGACGGUACAAUGCUAUUAUUUUGUUAGAACUUCAAUCUGCUGUUGGCUUCUCAUGUAAUACCGGAUUCUCGUAUAAUAAUAUACACAUUCGUUACAAGGUGCAACCGUCGGAAGGGGUUCAAUCAGUUAAAAAGUAUGAUUCAGAAGUUAUCGGGAGCACCCAAAGUUCCAGUAAAACUGGUUUGCGUUGGCAUUUUAGUGAUUGCCAUGAGUUACAAUUCACGGUGUCAAAUUGUAAUAGGACUUGUCCUAAAAUCGAUGUCUACUUCGAAGCUGUGUCCAUCGAUAGCUCAAACCGUGAGCGAUAUUUAGGCCAUUCACAUACCGCAAUAUCUCUCAUGCACAGAAAGGGUGAAAACACAUUGAAUUUCGUUCAACUCAAUAAUACAGAUGCUGCUGAUGGAAUAGAGGCUUUCCUCGUUGGCAAUCGCCGUAAGGUGGACCUGGCAUCUUUCUACGGAAAGGUCUCUCAAAGUAUGCUCAAUCGGUAUGGAAACAAAACCUGCCGAUCAGGCAAACUAUUUAUACGUUAUCACACUAUUGUGCAGCAUCAACCGAGGCGAUUAAACGAGGGCCUUUAUAAAUCGGCAUUUAAGUGCAAGAACGUAACACUCGAUCAGCUGAUUGCGUCUUACCAUGCAGCUCGGGAACGCAUGGAGGAACGUGUGAAUAUUAAAGCGAACGUUUAAAUGCUAGAUACUGCUUUGACGGUUGUAUGAUUAAAAUCAACGAAAUUAAAAGAUUUCACUUCAUGUUUUUGCCAUUUCUGUUUAGGAUCUCAGCAACAUUGCCAAUAAAA